AACUCCCGCGGAGGUCCGAGGCAGUGCGUGGCGCGCGGACGGCGGCGUCGCUAGUGUAUCCUCCCUGCCCCACCAUGCGCGCAGCCGCGCUCCUGCUCCUCGCCGCGGCGGCCUCCGCCACGCAGGACCACGACAAGGACUUCGAAUUCGACGACAACACGGAUGCGAGCGCGCGCGGGCACGCCAGGCGGCCGCGCCGGUACGUGUAUGACCCUAACAAUGCCCUAUGCAGCGGCGUGGCUUGCGAGGCGCACUCCGUGUGUGCCGUGUGGCGCGGCGCGCGAGCCCUCUGCGUGCCCAAGGACAAGGUCACGCCGCCCAUACCUGACCGCGAGCCAGACCUGCCAGAGCCGGGCGCGGACAACACAAUAUCAGAAGACGACGUCUGGUACGACCGCCGAGAGGACGAAUUAGACGCAGAAUCACGACCAACCCGUUGCGUGGGAUGUGGCUCCAACAACGCAGGGGUCAGCGGGGGCUUCCUGUGCGGGUCUGACAACCGCACCUACUCUUCCUUAUGUCGACUGGAUCUACAUAACUGUGUGAGAAGGGCCCGGCCGCCGGUCACGCUGGCUUGUCGCGGGUUCUGCCCGUGCGAGAAGGCGAGAGCGAGGGCCAAGCCGAGAAGGACGCAAAGACGGAAACAUGACAAGUAUCGCCAGUAUGUUCAUGACACAUCUCGUCGUCAUCGCGUUGAAAUGAACCACAAUGAAGUGUUGCCGGUCAAGGAGAAAGCACAGUUAGAUAAUGAAGGCGCUGGGUGCGAGAUGGACUCGAUGGCGUCUCGUCUGCUGGACUGGUUCAACGUGCUGAUGGAACAAGCCAGGGCUGUGCCGCCGCCUGAAGAUGGUUCAUUCCCUGAGGGUUGCCUGCCCGAGGUGCGCUGGAUGUUCUCCCACCUGGACACGGACGGCGACGGACUGCUGUCGGCUGACAACCUCUAUGCUCUAAGGCACGACGACCGCGAGCGCUGCCUGCGCCCGUUCCUGUCCCGCUGCGGCGACGGCGCCGGCGUGUCGCGCGCCGCCUGGUGCGGCUGCCUGCGCCGGGCCGACCGACCUUGCGCCACGCUGGCUCGCCAACACCCGCCGCAACCAGGUGCCUACGUCCCUCGCUGCGACGCUCAAGGCUUCUACUUACCGCGGCAAUGUCACUCGGCGCUGAGAGUGUGUUGGUGCGUGGACACUCACGGACAGGAGCGCCCCGGCAGCCGCACGCGGGGCAAGGCGCAUUGUCCAGGAGAGGAUGGCCCGGCGGAGGAGCUGGGCGCGCCGACAGAUGACGAGGACGCCGCGGCCGGAAGUGGAGACUCGGAACUCCUUUACUGAGUUCCAGGAAUACAACCUAUGUGGCUACUUCCUGUUCGCGCCAACAUUUGAAAAUCGAAAGGCGCGCGUUGCAUUUGUUCUCUGCAGUUAAUUAGCGGGAGGUGGCGAAAUAUUUUGAAUUUAAUAAUCGACUGUUUAAUUUCGUCAUAACCAAGUGAUGUGUCUUCAAAUAAGUAGAUAACUAGUGAGUAAUUUGUUUCCAACAUUUGAAGUUAUUUAUUGAAUGAGAGAUCUUGGAAGGAUGUUGUUUGUAUUGUAACUGUGUCUUGAUCUAGAAUAAGGAUAUACUUAAUAAUAGAUUGCGCUCUUAUGCUAUGUUAAAAAGGUGCCAUACUUCCUUUCCGAUAGUCAAAUACCUAUGCAAUAGAUAGAUUCAUAUUUAUCCCUGCUUCCCUUAUAAGAAUGUUAGUGGAAAUAUUUACAAUAGCUUUAAUUCCAACUUAUAGUUGCGUGUGACUAGUUAUAUCGUUUAUCUAUUCCAUUUUAUCUUGAAUAUCUUCGGCCUAAUAUUUGAGUUUCAAGUUUUUAACCCGUCCACAAGCUAUGAGUAAAAAGUUGGUUAAUUAAUUAUUAUAUUAUGUUUCUGAAACAUUGAUAAUAAAUAACACUUGUUUCUGUGUGGCUAUGAUUUAUAGUUUAGUGCAUCUUUAAUGUCUGGACAUAAUAUGUAACAAUGACCCCUAUGUUAUGAUCGAAAGAAAUGUUAAGCCAGAGUGACCCCUACUACUCAAAUGUACUGAGUUCAGUGUCUAAGGUUCGUUGUGUUUGAAAGCUUAUGAAUUUUGAUAUUUACUUAGAAUAGUAGUCUUAAUAGUAGUGUAGUGAUUAGUGUCUGUUGGUGUAUCUUUUGUUGAUAUUAUUAUUAUGGACUAUGUAUUACAUGUUACAGCAUCUGUUACAUUGCAGAGAACUAGGUUUAUGUAAUAAAUAGUUAUGUUAUUUGAGUAAAUAUUGUACUAUUGUCUAGUGUUUAGGCAUAAAAAGUCGGUUGUAAGAUACAACAUCACACACUAGCUAGGAAAUUAUUUGCACUUUUUUAAUUGUAAUGGAACAAGUACUUAAUAAAUAAUAGCCUAAA